AGCCCGUUGGCGCUGAGGGAGUGGCCGCCCUCCGGCUCUCGCGCGCUGCGCUCUCCACCCCCCCCCCACCCCGCCCCCGGGCCCGCCCGUCGGCCGCGCAGCGUCAUGCCGGGCGCUGCUCGGCGCUAGUGCCCGGGGCCGCCGCCUCCCGCCCGCCCGAAGCCGCGCCCACUGUCCAGAGCCAGAGGGAUGGUGGUAGUCACGGGGCGGGAGCCAGACAGCCGUCGCCCGGACGGUGCCAUGUCCAGCUCCGACGCCGAAGACGACUUUCUGGAGCCGGCCACCCCGACGGCCACGCAGGCGGGGCACGCGCUGCCCCUGCUGCCCCAGGAGUUUCCUGAGGUUGUUCCCCUUAACAUUGGAGGGGCUCACUUCACCACACGCCUGUCCACCCUGCGGCGCUAUGAAGACACCAUGCUGGCGGCCAUGUUCAGCGGGCGACAUUACAUUCCCACAGACUCCGAGGGCCGGUACUUCAUUGACCGGGAUGGCACCCACUUUGGAGAUGUGCUGAAUUUCCUGCGCUCAGGGGACCUGCCACCCCGGGAGCGUGUACGGGCUGUGUACAAAGAGGCUCAGUACUAUGCCAUCGGGCCCCUCCUGGAGCAGCUAGAGAACAUGCAGCCUCUGAAGGGGGAGAAAGUGCGCCAGGCAUUUCUGGGACUCAUGCCUUAUUACAAAGACCACUUGGAGCGGAUUGUGGAGAUUGCCCGGCUGCGUGCAGUACAGCGGAAGGCCCGUUUUGCCAAGCUCAAGGUCUGUGUCUUCAAGGAGGAGAUGCCCAUCACCCCCUAUGAGUGUCCGCUUCUCAACUCCCUGCGCUUCGAGCGGAGUGAGAGUGAUGGGCAGCUCUUUGAGCACCACUGCGAAGUGGAUGUAUCUUUUGGGCCCUGGGAGGCUGUGGCUGAUGUUUAUGACCUACUGCACUGCCUGGUCACGGACCUCUCAGCCCAGGGCCUCACUGUGGACCAUCAGUGCAUCGGGGUGUGUGACAAGCACCUCAUCAACCACUACUACUGCAAGCGCCCCAUCUAUGAGUUCAAGAUCACGUGGUGGUAGGAGUGUGCCCACCCAGCCUAGGCUUUGCCCUCUUGUGUUGAGAGGUCUUCAGGGGAAGAAGAUACCACAGUUGCACGGUCACUCUGUGGCUAACAGCCAUGUCAGGUGGUUCUGAAAGAAAUCCCUCCUAUCAUGUCACCACUUCUUUCAAGGGCGAGAUAAAUGGCUCUAAGCUUAU